AUGUCUGCGGCCUUCUCCUCACCGCUUCUUUCUAAAGUCAUCAACAGCUUCGCACCCGUCCUUCGGCGUCUACCAGGCAUCGCGUCAACAUUCUCUUCGCCCCCUCAGCACGUCGUCGUUAUGGCGGGCAAUCUAGCUAUGGAGACUCCUCUGCUACGUCUUCGUGAUGGUAACAAGGUGCCAAUGCUUGCUUUCGGUACCGGCACGUCAUGGUUCAAGGAGCCAGAAGACCACGACAAGUUUGAUAAAGAUCUGGUUGUCAUGGCCAAGGACGCUCUGGAAGCUGGAUUCCGCCACCUUGACUGCGCCGAGAUGUACGAUAAUGAAGCAGAGGUUGGCCAGGCCAUCAGGGAGAGUGGCAUCCCUCGUGAAGAGCUUUUCGUCACAACCAAAGUCGCGAAUGGGAUCAAAGACGUUCCCAGAGCCAUUGAGGAGAGUUUGAAAAGACUCCAACUCGACUAUGUUGACCUAUAUCUUAUUCAUGAGCCUUGGAAUCUUCACACCCCUGAAGAUUACCAGAAUGCCUGGCGUGGAAUGGAGGAGGUCAAGGCUUCGGGCAAAGCCAAAUCGAUUGGCGUCAGCAAUUUUGUGCGCAAAGACCUCGAGAUGAUUCUCAAAGGUAGCCCACAGGAACUUCCCGUUGUGAAUCAGCUGGAAUAUCACCCAUACAUUCAGCGUGAGAACGAUGGCGUCCCCUAUAUUCCUUGGAUGCAGGAGCAAGGCAUCCAGGUCGAGGCGUUCAAGGGUCUGACCCCACUAGCCCGUUGCCCAGAAGGGCCUCUUGUAGGGCCUCUGGAGCGUAUAGCCAAGUCACACAAUGUGUCCGACUCUGCUGUCAUGCUUCGGUGGUUCCUGCAGCAGAGCAUCGUUGCUAUCACGACCACACGCAAGAAGGAGCGCCUACGGGAAUACGCACAGGCCCUGACUUUCAAGCUCACGAAGGAAGAGAUGGAUGAGAUUUUCUCGGAGGGCAAGAAGCUAUUCAAGCGAUUCUACUUCCCAGAACGAUACGACGCUAAGGACCGAUCUUAG